GAGGCGCGCCGCGUGCACUAACCAAACCGGGCCAGUGCAACUGAAUCUGUCUGUGAGGGACAAUUUCCCCCAGACCGAGCCGCGUGAGCAAAACGGUUCCACGAUUAUUGUAUAGGAUCCAUUUCGACGAACGAACGGCUCGGAUCAUCUGAUUGCAGUGAUUUAGGAGGGUUUGUCAUCCGGAUGCUGUUCCGUAGCCUAGCCUACAGAGGGUAGCCUACCAGAGCCAGAGUGGGUUGUGAAGCAUCAGUGUGUUUGACGGCUUUUCACGUAGGCUAUAUGUAUCUUUGAAGAUAGUGCUGAGAAUGUAACAGCUCAUGGGACAGACAAACACAGAGUUGUUAUAGAUUGAGAGAACGGAACACCGUCAGCGCUGACACGGUGAGGGUAUUGAAUCGUGUCUCUCUCUUUUCUCUCAUCCUCCUCAUCAUCCUGCUUCCGGCAUCACUGACGGAGGCUGCUGAUGCUGCCGUAGCUCGUGAAAAAAAUCUCUGUAGCAACUACCUGGACUGGGCUGUGCGUUAUCUAUAUCCCGCUAGAUGCUGUGAAUUAUCCCGCAGGAUUGUGAUUUGGGCUAUACAAGAAGGAACGCAUCAUAGUCAUUGCGUUUCGUUUGCUCCGGUUUGACUCCGUCGCUGUCGUAAUCAUUGCUUAGGAAAGAGCCAUAGGCUAUUGCAAAAACUGCUGUUCUUUUAGCUAUUGGAAGGCCUUAUUAUUUGAUAUUGAUUUGAAUCUUAAAAUGAGUAAAGUGUUAUGGGUAAUAUCCGAAUAACAAUCUGAUAUUUGCUGUGUUUUUCAAGGAGGUAUUCCGGAGACAUACAAGUGACAUGUGCCAGAAGCGAUGUCUGACAAACGGUUAGACGGCCAUACAUAGCCUAUGAGAAAGGUGGAAGGGAAUUAUUUCUCAUAUAGGCUAGUUCAGGAGUCGCCACAUUCUCAGAGUUAUCAUUUAGGCUAAAUAAAAGCGCAAUCUUGCAGAUUAGCUUUUGGCUAUUCAGUUUAUGCGCCAGCAUCGGGGUGCGACGUCAUGAGUUGAAUAUGCUUGCCAGAUGUUGCCUUUGAUGUGAUUCAUUCAAUCUAGGCUAGGCCUACUGUUGGGUGCUUUUUACAGCAGAAAUAACUACUGACUCCUGCAUUUCUCAACUAAUUAAUUAGUCAGUCCCCCCCCCCCUCCCCGUUGCUUGACUACCUAAUUUAAUAAGCAUAUCUAGGCUACUUCAUAAUACCCGGACUGGGAUACAACACAAACUGUGCUACAAUGAUACCCGGAUCGGCCGCGUCGAUGCUCCCAUCCAUGUCGUCGGAUGACAUUAAACUAUACCAGCAUAACUAUGUCCGGAACUCCAAUGCCAUCGGACUCCUGUGGGCCAUCUUCACCAUCCUGUUUGCCAUCUUGAACGUGGUGAUCUUCAGCCAGCCCUAUUGGAUCGGGGACGGCGUGGACACCCCACAGGCCGGCUAUUUCGGCCUCUUCCACUUCUGCACCGGCGAUGGGAUCCAGAGGGAGCUCGACUGCACAGGGACCUUCACCGAGUUCGCUCAGAUCCCUUCCACCGCGUUCAAGGCCGCGUCGUUCUUCGUCGGGAUGUCAAUGAUGCUGGUGAUAGCUUGCAUUGCUUCUUUCACUCUCUUCUUCCUGUUCUCCACCACCACCGUCUAUAAGAUCUGCGGCUGGAUGCAGGGGGCCUCGGGUGUGUGUCUGGUGAUGGGCUGUAUAAUCUACCCUGAUGGCUGGGACAGUGAUGAGGUGCGGAGGAUGUGCGGUGAGCAGACAGACAAGUACUCCCUGGGAGCAUGCUCCAUGCGUUGGGCUUACAUCCUGGCUAUCAUGGGGGURCUGAAUGCCCUCAUGCUCUCCUUCCUGGCCUUCGUACUGGGCAACAGGCAGGACGGACUCAUGACCGAGGAACUGCUGGCCGAGAGCAAGGAAGCUGGGAAUGCCUAAAACAUCCAUAGGUGUGUUUCCUAGUGUGUGUGUUCACCGUUCAUCACUCUCCAGCUUUUUACCCAUCACCCCCAGAAGAGGACAGCACACAAUGGCUGUGGGAGAGAGAAGAAAGAGAGAGAGAGCGGGAGAAAGGAGGGAAGAGGAGGAGAAAUGGAUAGCUAUGGAACUAGACGCCUCCACUCCAUUCACACUUGCACGUUCACACUGUAAUAUUCCACCCCUCACCCUCUAGUUUAUAAUAUAUACUGUAUCUGCCAAUGAUAUGUACAUACGUGUGUCUUUGUUGUCCGUCCUGCUCAUAGUCCUAGCCCUAUCGAGCGUCUCUACCCCACACUACUCCCUUAUCACUGAGCCCGUAGAACCCCAGCAGAGACUGACAACCCUUACACAACUGACAAUCAACCAACACAGGGACAGAGAUUUUGACUGACCAACUGAAGACGUAUGGAUUAUCUGCAAGAAUAUGGAUGGGUUGUACUAGGUUGAAGUAUUAUACUGAUACAAAUACACAAAUACAGUAGUACAGUUCACACAUACAUAAAUGCACGUGGGUGAGCAAAUACACACACACACACACACACACACACACACAUACUCAUGUAAAGUCACACGUGAAUACAUAUCCUUAGACUUUAACCUUGUAAUAAAUCCAUACGCUAACACGUUGAGCAACAGUAGAUAUUGUAUAUUAGUGUACCAUGCCAUCUCCUGAGUAUGUGUUUAUGUUUUAGUUGUGAAAAGAAGGAAAUGUCCUAUUCUCAUCUAAUAUUGGGUGUAAAUUUACGAUAUCUCAACAUAAUGUGUGAACUCUUACAAACAAAACCUAUCCCUCCUCCUCAUUCUCCCCCUCUUCCUCAAUAGCCGUCUUUACUAGAGCACUGUUGUCUAACGUGAGUGGCUACGGUUACUGUAUAUAGAUAAUUCAUUCUAGUUUUACAAAGUUGGGGCUGAAAUAUAUGUAUAAAUACUAAAAUAUAAAAGAAG